GCUGGUGUCAGACCCCGGCGAGCGCUGGCAGUUCCACGGCGGGGAUGCUGAGGAGCGCUGGGUCCGCGAGCAGUCCUUGCCACUGCGGACUUCAGAGGCACUCUGGGCCGUGAAAACCCGUGCGCUGCGGCCGAACCCAGGCUUCCGAGGCCAUUCACCGCUCCAGAAGCCGGACGAGAGGAGAGUCCAGCGAGGCAGCGGCCGUUCCCGGAUUCUGGGCUUUCGGAGCGUUCUGGAACCCUGGGAGAUAGCCCAGGGUUCUAGAACCUCCCCAGCGGCCCCUAAUCCCGGCUUCCUGCGUGCGUCCGUCCACAACAGCCUCCGGUGCACUGGUCGUCGGCGAGCGGCGGCUGGGUCCUGGCGCACACCAUGAUCGUUGCGGACUCCGAAUGCCGCGCGGAGCUUAAGGGCUACCUGCCGUUCUCCCGGGGCGGCGGCGGCGGCGGCCCUGGAGCCGGAGAGGAGCAGAGGGAGAGGCGAGCCCGGGGAGGCCCCCGUGGGCCCAGCGCCUUCAUCCCAGUGGAGGAGGUCCUUCAGGAGGGAGCCGAGAGCCCCGAGCAGAACCUGGGACUGGAGGCACUGAUGUCGUCUGGGCGGGUGGACAACCUGGCAGUGGUGAUGGGCCUGCACCCCGAAUACCUCAUCAGAUUCUGGCGCCUGCACUACCUGCUGCUGCACACAGACGGGCCCUUGGCCAGCUCCUGGCGCCACUACAUUGCCAUCAUGGCUGCCGCCCGCCACCAGUGUUCCUACCUGGUGGGCUCCCACAUGGCCGAGUUUCUGCAGACGGGCGGUGACCCUGAAUGGCUGCUCGGCCUCCACCGGGCCCCCGAGAAGCUGCGCAAGCUCAAUGAGGUCAACAAGUUGCUGGCACAUCGGCCGUGGCUUAUCACCAAGGAGCAUAUCCAGGCCUUGCUGAAGACAGGCGAGCACAGCUGGUCCCUGGCCGAGCUCAUCCAGGCCCUGGUCCUGCUCACCCACUGUCACUCACUGGCCUCCUUCGUGUUUGGCUGUGGCAUCCUCCCUGAGGGGGACCCGGAGAGCAGCUCUGCCCCCCAGGCACCUUCACCCCCCAGCGAGCAAAACAGCCCCCCCAGCAGGGACUCGUUGAACAAUUCUGGGGGCUUCGAGGCCGCCCGAGACGUGGAGGCUUUGAUGGAACGCAUGAGGCAGCUUCAGGAGAGCCUAUUGCGGGACGAGGGAGCGUCCCAGGAGGAGAUGGAGAGCCGCUUUGAGCUGGAGAAGUCAGAGAGCCUGCUGGUGACCCCCUCAGCUGACAUUCUGGAGCCCUCUCCACACCCAGACAUGCUGUGCUUUGUAGAAGACCCCACUUUUGGAUACGAGGACUUCACCCGGCGAGGGGCUCAAGCACCCCCCACCUUCCGUGCCCAGGAUUAUACCUGGGAAGACCAUGGAUACUCACUGAUCCAGCGGCUCUACCCUGAAGGCGGACAGCUGCUAGAUGAGAAGUUCCAGGCGGCCUAUGGCCUCACCUAUAACACCAUGGCCAUGCACAGCGGAGUGGACACCUCCAUGCUCCGCAGGGCCAUCUGGAACUACAUCCACUGCGUCUUUGGCAUCAGGUAUGACGACUAUGACUACGGGGAGGUGAACCAGCUCCUGGAGCGGAACCUUAAGAUCUAUAUCAAGACAGUAGCCUGCUACCCAGAGAAGACCACCCGAAGAAUGUACAGCCUCUUCUGGAGGCACUUUCGCCACUCAGAGAAGGUCCACGUGAACUUGCUGCUCCUGGAGGCCCGCAUGCAAGCCGCCCUGCUCUACGCCCUCCGAGCCAUCACCCGCUACAUGACCUGACUCCUGCACAAGACCUGAGCCCGGAGCCGCUGACCCUGGGGGCAUCAUCGUCCCUGCAAGAACUUCUGUGUCUGGAGACAGACCUGAUCCCUUUCUGUCCCACACCCACUCCCCACACUCUGGGGGUGGACUUUUGUGUGACGUGCAGCCCUGAAGCCACGCCCUCCGUUUUCUCACUGGAAUGGACAGGAUUUCUGGGAUCUCAGCUUUGCCCCUGGGAUGUGGAAGAGGACUAGCGGAUCCCCAGAGGCCGUGCCCUUUCUCCUGCCCCUAAACCCAGAGGCAAAGGGCACAAGAAGUAAAAUGGGCUGACUUUGGCCUGUGUACCCCAGGGAGGGUCCCUGACACCACAAGUAGUAGGGCCUUCCUGGACUGCAAGGUCCCUGGCUGGCCCCCGAGGGAGAGAGGCAAACACCUCCAGGGACUGACACUCCAAGCAGCUUUCCUUUUCCUCCUCCCUCAUUUCCUCUUUCAUUUACCUGCCAUUCACCCAUCAAUGUGAAAGUCAGGGUCACAGCGGGUCUGUGCAUCCAGCUCCCCAAAAACCUGUUCCUGUCGGGCAGUCUGGAGGCCCCUUGUUUCUUGAUCGUCCCGACCCUACUUCACUUUCUUUGACCUCCUUUACCUUUUUACCCUUCUCUCCCACCCCUGGUGGUGUGAGGCCCUAGUACAAAUCUACAUCAAAAAGUAGAUUAUCAUUAGGGAAUUUGAGUAGCUCUGUUGGCCACUUUGCCUUUUGAAGACUAGGGAGUAUUAGAGUCUAAAUUCUCCGUAUUUUGGUCCUUAAUGGUUGCAGUUCAGACCUCUUCAGGGGCUCACCUCUAGGGCCACAGUCAGUGGCUGCGAGGAGGGGGAGGAGGGCGAGGCAAUCUGCUCUUCCCAAGAGCGGCACCUGCCCGGCACCCUACCCUGCUGUCUCCUGUGGCUCUGCUGCAGACAUUUGCCAAAAACUUGAUCCUUUUUAGGUGGCACAUGGCCCAGUGGGAGAGGCGGGAGACCCCAUGGUUCUUGUUUGGACCCUGCCACUGGCCAGGUGACCAUGGCGACAUUGCCAAACCUCCUUGACUUCUAUUUCCGAAGUUGCAGACUGAGGGGUGGGGCUAAGUUCCAUAUCUUGGGUUUCCCAAGCCAACCUGCCAAGCAGUGAACUGUAAAUCUUGCAGGAUUUUGAGGGCCCCUGGGGACCCCCACCCUUGCAGUCAGUCUCCAGUCAGUCUCCUGGCUACCUUCCAAGGACCAUCCAGUUUGUGUCCCCUCUCCUCAAUUUUAGGUGGAUUGCUUGGAGGCAGAAGCAGCCAAGGACUGAUCCCAGGCACUUUUUGUAACGAAUAAGCUGUGAAUUAUGACUUCCCUUGCCCUUCUUCUGGCAGUAUGUGACUCCUCUCUGACCAGUUUGGAGGUGACUGAAAAAAGGCCAAGAUGCCACUUGCUUCUGAUCCUCCUCCCUGGGGUGGGGCAGGAGAGGAGCCUGGUCAGUGUGUCACAUUUCAUACCCAUGCAGGCGUGGGGAAGUGACUGGCACCGCCGCAGGCCUCGAAGUCCACCCUGCAGUGAAGUUGGGCUGGAGGGAAGAGGCCCCCCACCCUGGGGUUUGGAUUCUAGAGGGGACAUGAUGACUCUGUAAAUGUCCUGUAGGUGGGUGGGGAGGGGUAUUCAGUGUUCAAGUACAGAAGUCUUUGGCUUUGCUACCAGUUCUGUAUGAUGAGAAAUAAAAGC